ACCAACAAUUCCGAGUACAAUCUCAGUGCAGUGAAUAGUAACUUCCUUACAAGCGGCUUACCCGUCUCAAAAGUGACUGAAGGUAGCGAAGAUGGAAGAGGAUUUCGGGGCAGAUCCCGACUUUCUCGCUGCCCUUGCGGCCUCGGAUUCCCGCCAAGCAUCUUCAAGUCGGCCCAGCCAGCCGACGCCACAGACCAUACAACAGCCCAGACCUCAACGGCUUGAUAGAGCUCCGCCCGCGAACACUUCUGGCACCAAGGUUGUGCAGCCAACCCCGCAGGCUUUGCCAGGGCGCACUUCGGGUUCGUCGAUUCUGGUCUCGCCACGGCAGAAAGGCAAUCCAGUCCUUGCCUGUCUACGCUCCCUUCCCUGGGAAUACAGCGACAUCCUAGCUGACUAUGGCCUGGGGCUGACUACCUGUGCCCUCUUCUUAAGUCUCAAAUAUCACCGGCUUCACCCGGAAUACAUCUACACUCGUAUACGGAACCUCCAGGGGAAAUACAACCUGCGUAUCUUGCUCACCAUGGUGGAUAUACCGAAUCACGAAGACUCGCUCCGCGAGCUGGCCAAGACGUCCCUCGUGAACAACGUGACAGUCAUUCUAUGCUGGUCGGCCGCCGAGGCGGCUCGGUAUCUGGAGCUGUACAAGUCGUACGAACACGCCAAUUUCUCGGCGAUCAAGGGCCAGCAAGCAACGGGCUACGCCGAGAAGCUCGUCGAGUUCGUCACGAUCCCUCGCAGCGUCAACAAGGCUGACGCAGUCGCCCUUGUCAGCACCUUUGGCAGUUUGAGGAAUGCCAUCAACGCCGACCCCGAACAAGUCGCCGUUAUUAGCGGAUGGGGGGAGAGGAAGGUGAAGAGCUGGUGCAAGGUGGUAGAGGCGCCCUUCCGAGUCAAGAAGGCAGCACGAAGGCGGGUCGAGAGGGCCGCGGACGACGGCUGGGGCCCGGCGUCGUCGGCGCGGCCGCGGACUACUGUCUUGGACCAGGCGGUGCCCAUCGGUAGGGUGCCGUUGCGGGAAAUGGCUGGGAGGUCAGCUCCCCGAGGCUCUGGCAAUGCGGAACAGGUGGUGGGGCUGGGGGCGCAACGGAAAGGGCCGACUCCGCAGCAUCGAUCUGAGGAUGCCGAUGAUGCCGAUGAGGAUGCGAUGAUUGCUGCCGCGAUUGAAGCGUCCAAGAAAACUGAUAGCCAGCUCAGUGACGGGGUGGCAGCAGCCCUAGCCAGGUUAAGGGAAAACGGAUGAGGAUUCUGCUCCUGCUGAUUUACGACUCGACCCCGCCCCCGCAAUGGGGCCUGCAUCGGCGAUGUAAUGCUGACGCCGUGGAAAACGGUGGAUAUGCUCGUCAAGGUGUAACUGCCUGGGUCGAUCAACCGGGUCUCCAAGAUAUCGAUCGAUUGCCUGCCUAUUCGG